AUGCUUUCAGCUCCUGUCAAAUCGGCCAAGCGCAUAUCCUCCCUGUUCUCUUUGGGGUCAAAUAAAGAUGCCUCAACUCCGUCCCCACCGCGGUCGCCGAGCGUCCCUAAACUUUCGCCCGAUCAGAUGCCCCAGGACAAGCGACGCCGAAGUAGUUCCCGACCAGCUCGUCUAGCCUCGAAUCCCGUCCCGAACUUCUCACAACCCAUGUCACCGAUCGCCAGGGAUACCGAUCUCGACUUGGACUCUCCGCUCCCGCCUCCACCGUCCUUGCUCGCUGUCAACCAAGACCUCGCCGAUUCCGCUGCUAAUUCGCCCGAUGGUAGACCCCAGAGCCGCGGCCGCAGACUGAGUAGCAGUAGACCCUCCAGCUCCGCGGGCUUAGCGGUCCCCGGAUCCGGCCCAGAUUCACGACCCGGUACGCCUUCAAAACGGCGCAGUUGGAUGCCUGGACGAGCUCGUGCGAGCUCGAUAGACGCUAGAGCUAGCCCUCAAUUGCCAGGCGCUUGGAUCGCCGGGUUAGAGCAUAAGAUUCCAUAUGAUAUGGGUCCCUUGGGGCGGGGAGAACAGAUCUCCGAGUUAUGGAACGAUACUGGCGACACCUACGUUUACCUGUUUCCACAAAAUACCAAUAGGCCUGCCUCCUUCAAGAUUCACUCUACCGCUUUCGCCGACUCCGCGUCUCUGAACUUUCUCGCACGUGGUUCCGACCCGAGAGCUACCAGCAACCUUGAACGGCAAACUCGCAGCCUUUCGAUCGUCAAUGGCAACCCAGCCUCCCCACCUCUCGCUCCAAGUAACUGGAAUGACAACGAUAAUGAUAGUACCGGUAGCAGGCGCAUGUCAUUUGAGGAUGAUGGACAAGAAGAAACACAGGAGCUUCACCUAUACCUUCCGAUCCCACUAAACAGCGAUGUCUCCAACGCCAACACGCCGAUUUCGCAAGAAGAUUUGGAGACUCUUCUUCUCUUCCGAAACCUCUUUGCCUUCCUUCUAGGACAAUCGUUGAUUGCCACACCUCGUUCCUCCUCGCUCUUCUCGAUUUUCAUGGACAUCGCCACGUUACUAGCCCGCUUUGAGUUUACCAACCUCGAUGGGUCAAACUUUGGCGAGAUUGCCACAUCCAGCUUUAGCAAUUACUGCGACGAGCUUUGCCUGGCCGAUAUCCGCAAGAGCCGGGAAAAGACGAUCGAAGCUAUCAUUUUGGGAGAGCGGAUGCGGUUCUACCCGCUUUACCUGGAAGGGUUCGUGCACGGCGUUGGCAAAUUGGACGAGCUGAAGCAGCUGAGGAGCCCCAAGUUUGGGCUGAUUAGUGCAGUGACUCAGAAGCGCCUUGAGCGAGGUUUCAUUGAUCUUGACGGCCGACUCAAGGUUCUACAAACCAAGCUCAACGAUUUCGACUUCCCUUCUGUCUUCUCCGGUAUCGCCAACUCAGUCACAACAAUCGAGAGCAAGGUCGUGCGGUUCAAGGCAUGGAAGCAAUCGUUCAUGGACUUCCGGCGGUUCAUGAUUCAAUACUAUCGCCAGAAAUACGGUACAUGGCCGCCCAAGGCGUCCAGGAAGAAUCAGUUUGAGGAGAGUGGCCUGAACCGCAAAGUCGCGAAAGAGAUGUAUGAGGAUAUGUGCGACCUCUACGACAUGUUGGUCGACCGGGAAUCUCUCACCACCCGAACGAUAGAUAUGGCCCCAGAAGUUGAGAAUACCUCUGAUGCGGUUGAAUUGACGAACCGUGCUCUUCGUAUAGUCCUGAGCGAGUAUGAUCGAAGCACACCCCCGGUACAGCCGCCGAUUCCAUUUGAUAUCCCGCAAUAUCCGUCCUUACAGCCUCUCCUACGGAAACCGCUAGACCAGAAGAAAGAAGCGAAGCAGAUGGCCAAGAAGCUAAAGGACUCGGACAUCAACGCUGUGCUCAUGGGCUCGUACACUCGCGAGAGCUUGAGGCCUACUCCAUUUAUCGAGGCCUUUAUGCAGUUUGAGCGCCGCUCAGGCCACGGCAAAUCCAUCAACGACCUGAUCGACCUUCGGUGUGGUCAGUGGAUUCUGAUGUACUGCGUUAUUCAAGCACUUCCUCUAGUCGUAGUUGAUGUGCAAGAUGUCCGCUUCGUGGACGACGUGGAGUAUUUCCUCUGCAUUGCUCCUCGUGGCGGAGCGCCUUGGGUACAACAUGACGGCAAGGUUGCACGAAGUUGGUUUGGUGUCGCGGGCGGUAAUGGUCUCGUCAGUUUACCCUCCGAUGUUGUCAUCAAUGGCGUGGAGGGUGUCUACCGACGCAGCCACUGCUGGCAGGUGGCAGAACAAUGGGCUGAAAAGGAUGCCAUCCUGGGCCCACCGACGAUUGACGAUCCUUAUGAGAACGAGUCGUCAAUAUCCUCUCCAUACCCCGCACAUCAAUCAUCCACCGGGUCCUCAUCGGAACACCCCCAUUUUCAACAGCCAAUGCAAGGGCAGCAAACUCCCCCGACGCCGCUGCUGGCUCCUGGUGGUCUUGCGCCGCCACCAGCCAUUCCUCGGAUGAACUCUCCAGCACUACGGGCGAGAGCGGAGCAUCGACACUCGAUCAACCCUGGCCUUGAGGCGCUACCCUUGCCGGCCGGUGUCGCUCCAAUCGAUCCCCCGACUCGACCCUUGAGCAAGUUCAACCCCAACAUGAGCUUCGACGAUAUCCUGAAACAGGUUCCCAACCAACAAAAGGGCAAGAAAUGA